AUGGGGGCGACCCCAAUCGCCGAGAAGGCGGCGGUGGCGAUAGGUCUUAUGUGGGCAAUGACAGCCAUCAUUCUCCUUUUCAUGGCCGCACGAUUGUACAUGAACAUCAAAGUCGUGCGACACAUGUAUGCCGAUGAUGUGGUCUAUUAUAUCACCGGAGUCAUGAUGAUCCUGUGUACCAGCUUUACAACCAUCGCGGCGACUACAGGUUUCGGAUGGCCCAUGUUGGCGCUUCCUGUCGAGGUCGCGAUAGAUGGCAAAAUGUGGGAGAUGAUUGGCCAGACGUUCCUCAUUGUUGGCAUGUCGACUGCCAAGUGCUCACUUGGCCUUUUCCUGCUCAGGAUUGUCCUGAAAAAAUGGCACAAGAUGGCAAUAUGGAUCGCCUCGAUCAGUCUGCUCAUUGUAUCCUCUAUCGCCAUCAUACUCUUUUGGGUUCAGUGUCUCCCUGCCGAGGCCAAUUUUGACCCGAGAGUACCUUCUCCUUGCAUAGUUGACCCGAGGCCGGUCAUGCUCCUCACAAGCAUCUGGUUGGUUGUGAUGGACUUCUUCUUUGCGACCAUCCCCUGGGUCUUGGUAUGGAACAUGCAUAUGCGAAAGAAGCACAAGCUUGUGAUUAUCAUUGUCCCCGCCAGUGCUGGCGUGUGUGGCAUCAUCCGCACGACCAAAAUCGAAUCUAUCGAAAAGGUCAACUAUACUGAGGAUACCGUCCCCCUGAUAAUAUGGUCGGCUGCCGAGCUCACCGUCACGUUGGUCUGCAUCGGCGUCGCCGUCCUCAUUCCACUGUACAAAUACCUCUUCGUCAGCAAGAGGCGUAGGAGGAACAAGCAACAGCAAUCUCGCCGAUUUCAGUGGCGCGAGCCGAUAGACCGGUGGAGCCGGCGCUUCGACUCGUCCCCCAACGAGCUCACGCGGACGCAGGACAAGUGGGAGAAGCGCGUCGGGCUCAGCCCUUACUUGCCCGACAGAUACGCAAGGGGCUCUGCGUGCGAGGCGGGAGAGGCGGCGAAUAGCCGGCACAAUAUGCAUCCGGAUCCGGAGACGUGGCAAUCAAGAGAUACGGAGAAGCAGCAUUCUGAUAUAGACCUUGCGCAACUGGAGCAGGUCCACACGGCGGACCAGCCAUUGGUGGGACAUCAUCGCUUCGUUUAA